UCCCUUGCCUGAGCAGGAAGCGGAGGUGAUCUCGCUGCUGCGCCCCGAGCGCUCGCAGCACGACGAGCUGGUUCAGGCGUCAGAGAUCAGCGACGAGAACCUUGACCUCUUGCUGGACCGCGCCGAUAUGCUGGACGAUGCCCCCGCUGCUGCGGCUGCUUUGGCUAGUGGUGAAGGGUCCAGUGGUGGGGGAGGGAAGGCGCAAGGCGGGGUUCGGUCGUUGCCGCCUGCAGGGCCUGGAUGGGAGGUGGUGGUUGUAGGGGCAUCCCAAAGCAGUGUGCUUUCGUCCAUUGGGUAGUUCGGCAUGUGGGGAGUAUGCAAAUUGCAGCACGCCUUGGUUAACAGAAAGUUACUGACCCCUCUAACUAUGUUUGUGUGCGAUACUGUUAUAUGAAUGUGUUGUGUUGUGAGUGAGUGUUUGAAUUGUCACAAGACUAGCUUAGCUAGGAAGCCAUAAAAUGGCAUGAGGUUU